CCGGCGGGCCGGGCCAUGCAGCGCUCCCGGGCGGCCGCGGACGAGGCGGCUCUGCUCCUGGCCGGGCUGGCCCUGCGGGAGCUGGAGCCGGGCGGCGACUCUCCGGGCCGGGGUCGGCGGGCGCCGCGGCCCGGGCCGGGAGACGAGGCGGCGCAGGCGUUGGGCCGCAGAGGGCAGGGCAGCGGCGGCGGCGGCCCCGAGGCCGGGGUGGACGGACUGAGCCGCGGGGAGCGAGGCCCGCGGCGCGCGGCGGCCCCGGAGCUCAGCGCGCAGCCGGCGGGCAGCCCGCGGGCUAGCCUGGCGGGCUCCGACGGAGGCGGCGGCGGCGGCGGCAGCGGCAGCGCCCGCUCCAGCGGAAUCAGCCUGGGCUACGACCAGCGCCACGGCAGCCCGCGCUCGGGCCGCUCGGACCCGCGCCCGGGCCCCGGGCCGCCGUCGGUGGGCAGCGCGCGCUCCAGCGUGUCCAGCCUCGGCUCCCGCGGCUCGGCCGGCGCCUACCCCGACCUGCUCCUGCCCGGCGCCUGCUCCGCGCCGGCUCGCUCCCCGGAGCCCGCCGGGCCUGCCCCUUUCGCUCUGCCUUCGCUCCAGCUGCCCCCGGGCCGGGAGGGCGCCCCGAGCUCGGCUGAGCGGCGGCUGGAGGCGCUGACCCGAGAGCUGGAGCGGGCGCUGGAGGCGCGCACUGCGCGGGACUACUUCGGGAUUUGCAUCAAGUGUGGGCUUGGCAUCUAUGGAGCGAGGCAGGCGUGCCAGGCCAUGGGGAGCCUGUAUCACACCGAUUGCUUCACCUGCAACUCCUGUGGGAGACGACUUCGCGGGAAGGCGUUCUACAAUGUGGGUGAGAAAGUGUACUGCCAGGAGGACUUCCUGUACUCCGGGUUCCAGCAAACGGCUGACAAGUGUAGCGUGUGUGGACACCUCAUCAUGGAGAUGAUCCUGCAGGCCCUUGGGAAGUCCUACCACCCGGGCUGCUUCCGGUGCUCGGUGUGCAACGAGUGCCUGGACGGGGUGCCCUUCACUGUGGACGUGGAGAACAACAUCUACUGUGUCCGAGAUUAUCACACGGUUUUUGCACCAAAAUGUGCCUCCUGUGCCCGUCCUAUCCUCCCUGCACAGGGCUGUGAGACAACCAUCCGUGUGGUGUCUAUGGACAGAGACUACCACGUGGAAUGCUAUCACUGUGAGGACUGCGGGCUGCAGCUGAGCGGGGAGGAUGGACGCCGCUGCUACCCCCUGGAGGGCCACCUGCUGUGCCGCCGCUGCCACCUGCGGCGCCUCCGGCCAGGCCCACUUCCCCCACCUGCUGUGCACGUCACCGAGCUCUGAGCUGGGGGCGGGUAGCCCGACCCUGGGGGCGUGUGUUUGUGUCUGCGUGCACGCGCGCGCGCGUUUUUUUCGCUCAGGAGCGCGUUUUCCUGCGCACGCACGUGUUUUUGCGCGAGUAUAUUUUUGCGCGCGCGCCGGCGAUGGGUGACCCAGGUCAGUGUCGGGGUUCUGUGUCAGGGUGGGCGCAGCCGCCGGCUCCCACCCCACCCCUACUCCCACCGGCCACCGAGCUGCUGUCCGAGGGGCCGGCCCCGCGGCGAAGCUACUAAUAUUUAUUCACCGUCUGUGCCUCCUCAAACGGCUUCCUUUCUUUCGGGCCCUGGCCGCCUCCCGCCCCCACCCCAUCACCCGCCUUCUGUUUCGGGACCCCCUGUGCCCCGUGGCCUCGGGGGCAGGCUCCCAGACCGGCUCUGGGUCACGGGGCUGAAGGUGGCCGUUACCACGUGCAGGGGCGCGGGGUACACGGCCGCCGUCCUCCGACUGGCCUCGGGGCGGGAGCCAGUUACCCUGUGUAGAAGGGGUCUGGGACCCCCCUUCAAGAAAGCUGCGGGAAGGCGGGGGUUGCCGGAGGGCACGCGUGUUUGUCUCAUAAGCGCCUGGCCCGCUGGUGGGUGGGAAGGGUUCGUUGUUUGGGAGGGGUCGUAGAAGGGGGUGAGGAAUGACACCCUUAGGGAGUGGGGCCUACGAAGGAGCCCUCCCUUCGGCCAUUGUGGUCACGGCGGGUUUUGGCCACCGGGACUCCGAUGGGCGUUUUCAGCCUUCAUCCCGCCCCGGUCUUCCCAUCCCUGGCUCCUCGUUCCCUACCCCUCUCGUCCUCGGCCUCGGGAAAAGAACACCUCGUGCAGAAUUCCAGCCACAGGUCUCGGUCGAGAGAGGCCGCGAGGGGGCGCCCUGCCCAUCUGUUACAGGAAAGCACUGUGUAUCAGGCUCCACAACAAAAGCAUAUGAUUUGACUUAAAUUAAGUUUUUCCUUUGAGAAUAUUUUCAUUUUCUUUAAAAGAAUAUAGUUUUCUUCUAAAAACUUG